UAUUCUCCAAGACUUUUGCGUCUGCAAUGAAUCUUAGCAGACCAACUUCUUUCUACAGAUCCCAGCUCAGGUUCUUCGCUUCCAAGGUCAUCCAAUGCCCUACUAUGGGAGACUCCAUUACUGAAGGAACAGUACAGGAAUAUAGUGCCAAAGAAGGAGAUUUUGUAAAGAGAGAUGAUAUCGUAGCAGUUGUGGAAACUGAUAAGGUCAUGGUUGAUAUUAGAGCACCAGAAGAUGGUGUCAUUACUAAGUUCCAUGUCCCAGAAGGAGAAGUUAUAGAAGUCGGAGGUGAUUUCUUUGAAUUAGAUCCUGAAGCCACUGGCUCAGCUGCAGGAAGUGCUAGUACGGAAGAACCAGCACCAGCAGAGACUAAAGAAUCUACUCCAGAACCAACUCCAGCCUCAACCCCAGCUCCAGAGACCAAAGCAGCUCCUGCAAGCCCACCACCAUCACAAAAGCCUAGCCCACCUCUUGCCUCAAGCAGUCCUCCUCCACCUGGAAUGCAGAUUGGGUCCUCAGGUCUUUCUACGAUAACCGGUAGCAGAACAGAAACUCGUGUGAAGAUGUCCAGGAUGCGUCAGACGAUCGCCAAAAGACUCAAGGAGGCACAGGACACCAAUGCUAUGUUGACUACCUUCAAUGAGAUCGACAUGAGUGCAUUCAUGAAGUUGAGGUCCCAGUUCCAGGACUCCUUCCAGCAGAAGCACGGAGUCAAGCUAGGCUUCAUGGGAGCUUUUGUAAGAGGAGUCGUCCAAGCAGCAAAAGAACAGCCUAUCGUAAAUGCCGUUAUUGAAGCAGAUGAGAUCAUUUAUCGUGAUUAUGUAGAUAUUUCUGUGGCAGUAGCCACUCCUUCAGGUUUGGUCGUCCCAGUUAUGAGGAACUGUGAACAAAUGAGUUAUGCAGGAGUUGAACAAAGCUUGCUCGAAUUAAGUAUUAAAGCUAGAGAAGGCAAGAUUGGAUUGGAUGAUAUGCAAGGAGGUACUUUCACGAUCACAAAUGGAGGAGUUUUCGGGUCAAUGAUGGGUACACCUAUUAUUAAUCCACCUCAAUCAGCCAUCCUUGGAAUGCAUGCUAUUAAGAACAGACCUGUUGUCGUAGGGGAUAAGAUCGUUGCAAGGCCUAUCAUGUACAUUGCACUGACGUACGACCACAGAUUGAUCGACGGAAGAGAAGCGGUGCUUUUCCUCAGAAAAAUUAAGGAAUGUGUUGAAGAUCCCAAUAACGUACUUUUUGAUUUGUAA